CCCAGUAAAAGCCCAACAGUAGCAGGAUGGGAUCUGCCUCCUCAACUUACCGGCCCAAGUGUAUUUAUUUGGAUAUUGAUGGAAGAAUUCAAAAGGUGAUCUUCAGUAAGUACUGCAACUCCAGGGAUAUCAUGGACCUCUUCUGCAUUGCAACAGGGUUACCAAGGAACACAACCAUCUCUCUCUUGACGGCAGAUAAUUGCAUGGUGUCCAUUGAUCCGACGAUGCCUGCAAACUCAGAGAGGUCUCCAUACAAAGUGAUACCUGUUGCUACUGGGCAGCUCUCAGGUAAAUAA